AUGUUAUCCCGAGUCGCCCGUCAGAAAAAUGCGCUCUUCCACCUCCGGAAGGCGAAUGCCGUCCGAACACUGGGCGUCUCUCCGGCAGUGCGCCUGCAUUCAAACUCCAGCCGCCCAAGUUCAAUCGUGAACUCACAAUCUACCUCGACGCAAGAGCGGCCUCGAAGGCCAUCCUUCCAGUCGCAUCGCAACCUCGCUACCGCCACUGAUCAAUCCGUCCUCGAACACGGUUCCUACUUGGCUUUGGACGACUCAUACACCCCGUCCAUCGCUAGGCCAUCGCCCUUCCAAACGACCGAUUCCUUCGACCCAUUCGAUACUUCGUCCUUGAUUGUCCUCAACGAAACCCCCCAAACCCAGCCCAAAAUUCUCCGGAAAAUUCGGGGAAUUGGCGGCGAUGAGGAUGAAAUGAUGGCAAACUUUGACAUGUCACUCCGCGUGGGUCGAUUUGAUCGCGCGGCAGCUUUGAUCAGUCGAUUGAAGGCAUAUUACCCUGUUGAUUCCGCCGAGUUCCUGGCUCUGCAUAAUCAAUAUCUGAAGGCAAUGGUCUCGCAUAUGAUUAUAACCCGGCAGGAUGACAUGGUUUUGCCAUUGCAGAAAUGGUUUGAAGUCGACAUGCCAGCCGGCGGCGUGAUGCCAGAUGCCACUACAUUUGCAGUCAUGGUUCGCAUGUCUCUUCGUAUGCUGCACGGUUCUAAGCGGGACAGAUCUGUCCGCAGGUACUGGGGCCUUGCCAAACAGGCAGACCUUCAUGAGGAUCUUUUGGCCAGCGAGGUCCUAACGGAUCUGGAUCUUGGUGAAUUAUCCAAGAUCUGUUCCUCCGAUUUAAUCACACCCAUGGAUCCAGCUGGAUUCGACGAGGAGUUCUCCGAGCAGUCCGUUGAAAUCUUCGAUAACAUACCCGAAGUACUUGCCGCAGAGCAGAAGGGUCUGGGUUUGAGUUCUCUAAGGGAAUCGCUGUCCUUGUUCUCUGAGGGUGCACAGAUUGCUUUGCCCGAGGGUUUCAAGGGCACAGAAGAGGAGAAGAGAGAACUUUACGCCCAACUCCGCCAACAACGACUUGAAUCCGACACAAUGAGAACGGCUUCGAAGCGGUGGCGGGCCGAGUUCGAGGGCAGAGUCAAGGCUGGUGUGGAUGUGGCUUCGGGUAAAUCGAGGCUCAAGUCCGUCAUGAGCCAGUGGCAUACAGACCUUUCAGAUGCUAUUAAGAAAGAGAUCAAGCUUGCUGAGGAGGCUGAGACCCAGCCAAUGCGCACCGAGGAACAGAAGGCUCGGUGUGAGUAUGGCGUUUACCUGCAGUCUCUGGACUCUGACCGUUUGGCUGCGGUCACAGUCCUCUCCGUCAUGGAUGUCUUCACCCGGCACGGAAUGCAGAAGGGAACAAAAGUCUCGACUGUCGCCUCUUCUAUCGGAAAGGGUGUGCAGGAUGAACUAAUUGCCGAAGCCUAUCUCAAGAAAAAUUCGACACCUGACACUCGCCGAGUCAAAAUGGUCAAGGAAAUGCUUGCUGGUCGCAGAAGCAAGGAUGGACGACUACAGUGGAAGGCUGUGUCUGAGAAUUUGCAGAAGGAACACGAGGAAUACGCCUGGACGCCUCGUGUCACUGUCAGAAUCGGAGCGGUUCUGAUGGGCCUUCUGUUUGAUGUUGCCAAGGCUCCUGUUAAGACCACAGAUCCCACUACUGGAAACGUCACGACGACCAUGCACCCGGCUUUCUUGCAUGCCUACGAGAUGAACUUCGGAAAGCGAUUGGGACUCUUCCACAUGAACCCUGAAAUUAUCGACAUUAUCAGCAGAGAGCCUCCGGCAGAUCUCCUCGGCCGCCAUCUUCCUAUGAUUUGCAAGCCACAGUCAUGGACGGGAGCUAAGAAGGGAGGGUAUCGCCUAUACCAGAGCAACAUUGUUCGAUCCACGCCUGGUGAAACUUUGCAGCCAGCUUAUGUGAAGGCAGCUUUGGAGAAGGACGGUCUCAAGGAUAUUCGGAAAGGACUCGACGUGCUUGGAAACACUGGCUGGGUUAUCAACCGCGAUGUGUUUGCAGUGAUGCUUGAGGCAUGGAACUCUGGAGAGGGUGUUGCAAGUCUGGCACCACUUGAUCCAGAUUUGCCCAUUCCGCCCAAGCCAGAACCCGACGCGGGUUUCGCUGCUGAGAGGGACUGGCAACUGCAAAUGCGCGAUAUUGAGAAUCUUCGGUCCGGAUAUCACUCCAUGCGAUGCUUCCAAAAUUUCCAGUUGGAAGUUGCGCGUGCUUUCCGCCAUGAGACCUUCUAUCUUCCUCACAACAUUGACUUCCGCGGUCGAGCUUACCCGCUUCCCCCUUACCUCAAUCAAAUGGGUGCCGACAACGCUCGUGGUUUGCUUCUAUUCAGCGAGGCUAAGCCACUAGGCGCAGGUGGAUUGCGCUGGCUGAAGAUUCAAAUUGCUAACCUGGCCGGAUUCGAUAAGGCUAGCAUGUCAGAGCGUGAACAAUUCGCAAUGGAUCAUCUUGAGGAUGUUCUGGACUCUGCGAACAAGGGCCUCCAUGGCAAGCGUUGGUGGUUGAAGGCCGAGGAUCCAUGGCAAUGUCUGGCUGCCUGCUGUGAACUUCGCAAUGCUCUGGCCCUUCCCGAUCCGACGACCUAUGCCUCUCGCCUCCCGAUCCACCAAGACGGUUCCUGCAAUGGACUGCAGCAUUAUGCUGCCCUUGGAGGUGACACGGUCGGUGCCCAGCAAGUCAAUCUCGAGCCAUCUGACCGACCUUCCGACGUGUACACUGGUGUCUCCGAAUUCGUGAAGAAGUCGGUGGCCAAGGAUGCCGAUGAGGGCAACAAGGUUGCCCAGGUUCUGGACGGAAGGAUCACUCGAAAGGUUGUGAAGCAGACCGUCAUGACCAACGUGUAUGGUGUGACAUUCAUGGGAGCUAUGCGACAAGUGCGCCGUCAGCUCAAUGACCACUUCCCCGAUCUUUCCAACGAGAUGAAGAAGGACGGCGCGCUCUACAUUGCGCGAAAGAUUUUCGAGGCCCUUGGAUCCAUGUUCAACGGUGCUCAUGAGAUUCAAUACUGGCUCGGCGAUUGUGCCACCCGCAUCACUCAAUCCUUGACGCCUGAGCAGAUCGAGGCGAUGGCAAAUGAAGCCUUGUCGCCCUCCCAGCCUGCCGAGAAAGGCACUAGCACCAAGUUUGACCCGUCCAAGAAGUUCCAGACAACUGUUAUCUGGACUACUCCUCUUGGUUUGCCCGUGGUUCAGCCAUACCGCACCCGAAAGGCCCGUCGAGUUGUGACCUCGCUCCAGACUGUCAGCAUCGUGGACCCCAGCGCCGAGGACGUGGUGUCCCGUCGGAAGCAGCUCCAGGCCUUCCCUCCGAACUUCAUUCACUCUCUGGAUGCCACUCACAUGAUCAUGUCUGCCAACGCCUGCCAGGAUGCCGGCCUUACUUUCUCUGCUGUUCACGAUUCCUUCUGGACUCAUGCCAGCGAUGUCGACUCCAUGAACAGCAUCCUCCGCGACGCAUUCGUGCAGAUGCACUCUGACGACAUUGUUGGACGCCUUGCCGCCGAGUUCAACGUUCGCUACGGCAAGAACUUGUUCCUGGCCAAGGUUGACGCCAACAGUGAAAUUGGUCGCACUCUGCGGAAGCGCCGCAAGGCCAACGUUCGCAACGCCAGGCUUAUCGAGUUGAUUGACGAGCAUCGUCGACAGACUUUACUCCGAUCGGAGGACACUGCUGAUCAGGCUGAAGGUCGUGCCAUGGAAACCUCCGCUUCCAUCUUUGAGAAGCUAGGUGGUACAGACAAGCACCUGGCUAUGGCUAGCACCCUGGGUGAAACCACUGUUGGCCACGUCCCUGACGAUCUGGCUGCCGCUGAGCGGGGGCCUUCCUCUAAUGUCGAUACCAGCGACCCGGCCAUCCAGAGCCUGUUUACCGAGAUCGACAUGAUGGACUCUCAGCCUUCCGCUGCUGAGGCUGAGGUCGACGACGCCAUGGCGACAGAUGAUGGUACCAAGGAAGAGAUGCAGCCGACGAAGAAGAAGCAAAGGCAAAAGCCGCACACCUGGCUCUGGCUGCCUCUUCGCUUCCGACCUGUUCCUACGAAGGGCUCGUGGGACCUGAGCCGGAUUCGUGACAGCCAGUACUUCUUCUCUUGA